AUGGGGUAUCUCACUCCUGCAAUACGCCAAACGGCCACCGGUACUCUAUCAACACUGCCAAACGACCAGACGUUCGCCGUGAUGCAUGAAACAUAUCACGGCCAAGAACCGCAAUACAAUGUGCACCCCCAUUCCAACGGCGACCUCCAUUGCAAUCCCGCCUGCAAAUUUCAACAAAGAUAUCUAGCGGAAAUUCAGGCAGUCGGCGAGAAAGCAUGGCAGACAGGGGAAUACUACACCAACGGCCAGACCGUUAUUCUGAAUUCCAAGGUCCGUCCUAAAGGUCCUUGGGUCAAUCAUGCCCAACUGAAUCAGUUUCGCCUUCAACAGCGGUAUCAGCAGCACCAGCAGCAACAGUGGCAACAGCAGAAACAGUGGCGACAGCAGCAACAGUGGCAACAGAUUCCUCCCGUACCGAUAGUGCCUCAGCAGAGACCUGCGGUUUGCUCAGCACCAUCACUCGGCCUGAAUCAGUUUCAGACUUGGGCACAGCCUCAACAACCGGGUUGGGACUUCGUCGACAAACCCAACCAUGUUGAUCUUACCUCUAAUUAUUACGAUAUAGGCAAUCACGCUUCUUCCAACUUCAACAACAUCUUGACCUCGCAAUCGACACAGCAGCUGGAGGAGUUAAAGUACGACAUGGGUCGCUCGGUCAAUUGCCCUGUAUACCGGACACGCUCUCCUCCGCCGUCAUAUACACCAGCUUCAGCUCCUUAUAGUUCUGCCAAGGGAGUAGGACACCAUAACAAAGCCCCAGCGCGUUCUCAUCCAGAGCGUCGGCUAAAAAAUGAUGCUUCUCGCUGCUUUGUCAACGUAGUUGACCCAAAGGCAUAUCCGGCUGCUCUUUACCAUCCUCGGCCACAGAACGGCCCGCAGGGAUAUGCUGUUCGUCGCAUGAUCGAUAAACCCGAUAAAGACCUACGUCUUCUUUCAGAGUUGAUGAAAGAGGAGGAGGAGGAGCAGGAGGAGGAGCAGGAGUACGGACAGGAGGAGUGCGAAGAGGAGAACUGCGAACAGCAAGACAACGAAGAGGGGGACCACGAGAACGACGACUACGAAGCGCAGGAGUACGAACAGGAGGACUACCCAACCCCCACUUCACUAACCUCUACAUACACCUCUACACCCAACACUCCCCAGCGACCCGAAGAAGAAGAGCCAGAGCUCUGUGACCAAACGCUAUUCGACGAAAUCCUCAACAUAUACGAUAAUACCUGGGAGUACAAGUCCAAGCCGGCCAUCACCGCCGCGCUCUACAAGUACAAGCGAACACGCCUCGAUCGGUCAAAGUACGUCCUAGACUGUCUCAUGGAUAUGGUGCAGGUGAACUCGGACGAGUUUAAGCCGCCAAUAAGGCCUGACAAGAACAACAACAACAACAACAACAACCACAACAACCACAACAACAUGAACGACAACAACCACAACAACAACCACAACCGCAACACCACCACCACCCCAAAGAGAAAGAGGAGGGACUCUAGCUCGUCUUGGGGCAGUUUAUUUGAUUCCGAGGAAGAGGAUGAUGAGCUCGAGUCUGCAUCUUGCGGUAGCAGCAAGAGACGUCAUCUAAAUGACACCUAA